AUGUCUUCAGGAAUCCCACCCACAAUUUCAAGUUCUCGUACUGAAUCUGUAUUAAGACACAUGGGUCGCUGUGUCUACGGUGGAAUAUACGACCCUGGAAACACAAAUGGACUUAUUGAUGAAAAUGGAUUCCGGACCGACGUCAUUGAGGCGAUGAAGGAACUCCAAGUACCUAUUGUGCGAUACCCUGGAGGAAAUUUCACAGCUACUUACAGAUGGCUGGAUGGAGUUGGUCCCAAAGAACAACGCCCGAAGCGGGUCGAAGUCGCAUGGAAAGGAGUUGAGACCAAUCAUUUUGGAACCGACAAAUUCAUGAAGUGGUGUGAUUUCAUCGGGGCGGAGCCGUAUUUGGCCUUGAAUAUGGGAACAGGCACCCUUGAAGAAGGUGGGAAUUUGCUAAUUCUUUUGGCUACAACAGCUCUGGCCUGGGUUGAGUAUUGUAAUCUUGAUACUGACACCCACUAUGCAAACAUUCAAAAGCAGAAUGGACAUACGAAGCCGUAUGGAGUGAAGUACUGGGCAUUGGGAAACGAAGUCUGGGGUCCUUGGUCAGUUCAUGAGGAUAUGUGCAUCUUUCUAUAUAACUCAAUGCUAAUGUCAAAAAAAAGGCAAGUCGAACAAUCUUCUAAGGAGGACUAUGCAAAGAAAGCAUACCAAUGGCGCAAAGCCUUGAAACUUCUUGACCCAAACAUCAAACUUGUACUAUGCGGCAAGGAUGGACAUAGUGAUUGGGAUCGAUAUGUGUUGCAAGAAUGUCUUAAGAUCACGGAUUUGCGUAGCAUACACAUCUACACAUUCGACAUCCAACAUUAUCCCAAUGCCACUAGCCCCAAGUCUGCUGAAAGGGCCAUUGGAAUCACAGCAGCAUUGAUCGAUCUGGCCCGCACUGAGAUGGAUUACGAGACAUUCCCACAUUUUUUGACAAAGCCAAAGACACCUCAUAGGCCUAAGAUCUCUUUCGAUGAAUGGAACAUUUGGAAUCCCAUCCGUGCCCCAGGAGAUAAGGGUGCAGAGGAACAAUAA